GUGAAUAUGUCAAUUGUCGUUGCACAGAGCAAUUGAUUGGUGAUGGAGGAGUUAUGGGUGACCAUCUGAGAGGGGAAAAAAAAAGGUGUGGUAAAAUUUAUAAAGAGAAUCUGUAAAAGCUUUCACUAGUAGAAGAAUAGAUGAACUGAUUAUGGUAGACAACGCACGUAUGUAUGUGUCUUUUUGGUGGGACUUGCACUAAGUACUCUUUGAUUUCUCUCUGAGUGUCUCUAGUAUUGCUUUUCAUCUGUAGUAGUUGUAGUACUCAAAUUUCAACACAAAUAGUGGUUUACUGUGUUAUCUGCUUUUUUUCUCUGACUUCUCUGACGUCCUACCACUCUCUCUCUCUCUCUCUCUCUCUCUCUCUCUCUCUCCUCUGCUUUCCAUUAUUAUACCUCUUUCUCUUUCUCUUUCUCUUUCUUUCUCUUCAUGAUCUUAUCUCCAUCUACUUCCUCCUCCUCCUCCUCCUAGCUAGCUAGCUCACCUCAACCUCAAUCUCACCAUAUUUGGCAACAAACGAAAUACCCACAAGAAGCAUCACUCAAACAAGGAAAAUGCAGCUUUUAGGAAAGUACUUGGAUGAUAUUGGUGGGGCCAUUGCUUGGUGCAGUGAUGAAAGCUCAGGCUGGUAGUGUAAGAAUGGGGGCCCCUCCGAGCACCCUUGAUUAACGGGGAUCAAUAAUGGCAAAGAUAUAGUUAACCACUGCCACUAGUUGGAUCAAGAACACCCUUGUGGUUGCACUAACGUGGAAACGAACCAAGCUACUACCUUCACCGCUCUUCCCACCAUGAAGCCUCCUAAUUUGAAUUUCGAAUCGAAAGAUGAGUCUGAAGUGAGCAGCCAUGUGUCUUCCAACAUAUCCAUCCAAGAAAUCUCCCCUGAUUCCCCGAGGGACAGAGUCAUUACUUCUUCCUGCCUCACAAAUCCAAUGCUACUUCAACCAGAUCCUGGGCCUGUCUUACUUGACUUGACACUAAAGUUCAAUGCCAGUGAUGCCGAGUUGAAGGGCACUGGUGAGGUUCGAAGUGAAGCAGCAGCCCCUACUCCAGGGACAACAAUACCCAGAAUUUUCUCCUGCAAUUAUUGUCGACGCAAGUUUUACAGCUCACAGGCUCUGGGAGGCCACCAGAAUGCACACAAGAGGGAAAGGACACUGGCGAAGAGAGCAAUGCGGAUGGGGAUGUUAUCUGAUAGAUAUGCUAGCUUGGCUUCUCUUCCCCUUCACGGUUCUGCAUAUCGGUCCCUAGGGAUCAAAGCUCACUCUUCAAUGCAUCAAAGAAUGGUACCAGUAGAUAGGCCUUUGCAGGAGACGAGAGGUGGAGCAAGGUUUGAACCACAAGGUUACUUUGGAUUGCCAAUGUUUAUAGAAGAUGACGAACCUGAGCUGUUUUGGCCUGGGAGUUUUCGGCAAAUUGGCGAGGGAGUUAGGGGUAAUCUGGGCUUUGAUUUGGGACAGAGUUCAAGCUCUAAUUUUGUAGCUAUGGCUCCAGCACCAAGGACAGAUUCCUCUCCACCUGAUCUCACUUUGAAACUUUGAUUCUUUUUUUUGCCCUUUUUUUUUUUUAGUUUUACUUUUUUAUAUAUUUAUAAACUUUGGCCUCAUAGUUCUCUUAAAUUUGCUACUCAAUUCUGUGUUUACUUUGUACAGUUAGAAAAGAAUUGGCUGUGGCUGCAAGCUUUCGUUUUUUUGUUUGGCCACCUUUUUUUCUUAUUUACCAGUUUUUCUGGUGUCGGAUGAUUAAUCAUGCUUUUGCUGCUGCUAUUCAAGAUCAUGAGGAUGAUUUUGAUUUUA